AGGCGCGCGCGGGCUGGGGUCCCCGGGGACCGCGCUCGCAGCUGGCCGCGCCCCGUCCGCCAAGGGGCUGGCGGUGGGCGGGAGCGGCCGGCAGCCUCGGCCCCUUCCCGGAGCGACAUUCAAACUCGCGCCCGCGUUACGGCGGCACCUGGGUGGCUUCGCGCGCCGUGCGUUCUGGAUCCAGCCGGGCGGCCGCUGCUCGAACCUCCCCGGAGCGCCCCCACCAGGCAGCAAUGCCAGGAUGCCCGUCUCUGCCUCGCUCCACCAAGAUGGCAGCCAGGAGCGGCCGGUGAGCCUGACCUCCACCACCUCCUCGUCAGGCUCCUCCCGUGACAGCCGCGGGGCCAUGGAGGAGCCCAGCGGCUCCGAGGCUUCCGCCGAGAACGGGGCGGGCUCCCCGCGCGGCCGGCGUCUCCCCAACAACAACAACUCCAGCAGCUGGCUGAGCAUGAGGGGCUCCCUGUCCCCUUUCAACAGCCGGGCGUCGGUGGCGCCUGCGCACAAGCUCAGCUACGUGGGUCGAGUAGUGCGGGAAAUCGUGGAAACGGAGCGCACGUACGUGCAGGACCUGCGCAGCAUCGUGGAGGACUACCUCUUGAAGAUCAUUGACACGCCUGGGCUGCUGAACCCGGAGCAAGUCAGUGCCCUCUUUGGGAACAUAGAAAGCAUCUACGCACUGAACAGCCAGCUACUCAGAGACCUGGACAGCUGCAAUAGUGACCCGGUGGCUGUGGCCAGCUGCUUUGUGGAAAGGAGCCAAGAGUUUGAUAUCUACACCCAGUAUUGCAACAACUACCCCAACUCAGUGGCUGCCCUGACUGAGUGCAUGCAGGACAAGCAGCAGGCCAAGUUCUUUCGGGACCGGCAGGAGCUGCUGCAGCACUCACUGCCCUUGGGCUCCUACCUCCUCAAGCCAGUCCAGCGCAUCCUCAAGUACCACCUGCUACUCCAGGAAAUCGCCAAACAUUUUGAUGAAGAAGAGGACGGCUUUGAGGUGGUAGAGGAUGCCAUUGACACCAUGACUUGCGUGGCCUGGUACAUCAACGACAUGAAGAGGAGACAUGAGCACGCGGUCCGGCUCCAGGAGAUUCAGUCUCUGCUCAUCAACUGGAAGGGGCCAGACCUGACCACCUAUGGGGAGCUCGUCCUGGAGGGCACAUUCCGCGUGCACCGUGUGCGCAGCGAGAAGACCUUUUUCCUCUUUGACAAAGCACUGCUCAUCACCAAGAAGCGGGGAGAUCACUUUGUCUACAAGGGUCACAUCCCGUGCUCCUCCCUGAUGCUGAUUGAGAGCACCAGAGAAUCCCCGUGCUUCACCGUCACACACUACAAGCACAGCAAGCAGCAGUACAACAUCCAGGCCAAAACUGUGGAGGAGAAACGGAGCUGGACUCACCACAUCAAGAGGCUCAUCCUGGAGAACCACCAUACCACCAUCCCCCAGAAGGCCAAAGAAGCCAUCUUGGAAAUGGAUUCCUAUUAUCCCAAUCGGUACCGCCACAGCCCAGAGCGCCUGAAGAAGGCCUCCCAGGAUGAGGUGUCCACCACCCAUGUGCACCAGGGGCGCCGGCAGUCUGAGCCUGGUCAGCUCCUGUACAACCGGGCAACACUCCCCAGCAGGCAGCGAGGCUUCACGGUGCCAGGCCUUAAGGGCCAUAGAAAGUCGGAGCCAUCCAGACAUCUGCUCAGGCAACUCAGCGAGAAAGCCACAGCAGCAGAAAUGAAGCAUGCGGGCAGUGUUGUCACGCUCCUGGACUUUGGACAGCCCCACUGUGCUCGGGGCCUGCAGUCGGAGGCUGAAGGGGCUGCCCGGGAGGAGGAGGAGGAAGAGCAGUCCUUUCAGGUCUCUCUGGAGGACCUGGCAGGGCGUGAAGGCGGCGAGAAGGGGGCUAGACCAGAGCCCCCAGGCGAGGAGGAGGAGGAGGAGGAGGAGGAGGAGGAGAGCCUGGCAGUGGCGGAGCAGGUAGCCGACUUUGCCAGCUCCCUGUUGGCCGCCCUCCACUGCUGGCACUAUCGGGCCAACGCUUUACUUUUCUCCCGGGGCGCUAUGGGGAAGGGGCGCAGGGAGCCCGAAGACCCCAAGAGCUGCCGAAGGCCCAGCAGCCGAUCUCCAACCACCCCUGAGAAGUGCCUGAGCUUUGAGUCUGUGUCUUCCCUGCCGGAGGUUGAGCCAGACCCUGAGUCUGGGACAGAGCAGGAGGUGUUUGCUGCCAUGGAAGGUCCCAGGACCGAGGAGAUGCCCUCAGACACAGAGGCUCCAGAAGUCCUAGAAAUGCAGCUUGACACCCACCAGCUGCUGCUGGGACUGGACCCCCCGGGUGACAUGGUGGACUUCAUGGUGGCCGAGAGCACCGAGGACCCUAAGGUCCUGAGCAGUGAGGAUGAGGAGGAGGAGAUGGGGGCCGCCCGCGAGCCCGAGAGCCUCCUGCCCCCCUCUGUGCUGGACCAGGCCAGCGUCAUUGCCGAGCGGUUCGUCAGCAGCUUCUCUCGGCGGAGCAGCCUGGCACCGGAGGACGGCAAGUCCAGCGGCUUCGGGACCCCGAGGCCGACCAGCCGGAGCAGCAGUGUGAUCAGCCUAGAGGACAGUGAGGAGGGUCUGGCCCGACGCGCGGGCGCCACAGACUCCCUGGGUCCUCAGCCCCCUCCAGAGGCGGACAUCAGUAUGCGGGUGGCCGCAGAGAGUGAGCCUUCUGUCAAUGGGACAGAGCCCCAGAGCCCGGGCUGCUCGGCGGAGCCAGACAGGCCUUCCUGCACGAAGGAAUCGAAGCUUUCUUCCCGAGACCGGCUGUUGUUGGACAAAAUCAAGAGCUACUAUGAAUGUGCAGAGCACCACGAUGCAGGCUUUAGUGUCCGGCGCCGGGAGAGCCUCUCCUUCAUCCCCAAAGGACUGGUGAGAAACUCAGUCUCCAGAAUCAACAGCCUUCCCAGGCCAGACCCAGAGCCAGUGGCUCCGCUGGGGCAUAAGAGACAGGUGGGCUCGCGGGCAGCCUCAUGGGCCCGCUUUGACGACCCAGGACCAGGCCAGGCUCGUGCUGGGGACCCAGCUCCCAUCACAGAUGCUGAGUUCCGCCCGUCUUCGGAAAUUGUGAAGAUCUGGGAGGAAGUGGAGUUUCCUGAGGGGAGCCCUCGGAAGGGACCAGGCCAAGGCCAGGCCAAUAGCUUUGACCUGCAUGAGCCUCUCUUCAUCCUGGAGGAGCGUGAGCUGGGGGCCAUCACUGAGGAGUCGGCUGCUGCCUCGCCGGAGAGCGCCUCCCCCACUGAGCCACCCAGCCCGGCCCACCUGGCCCGGGAGCUGAAGGAGCUGGUGAAGGAGCUGAGCAGCGGCAGCCAGGGGGAGCUGGUGACCCCACUACACCCCCGCAUCCUGCAGCUCUCCCACGUGAUGGACAGCCACGUGAGCGAGCGAGUCAAGAGCAAGGUCUACCAGCUGGCUCGCCAGUACAGCCUCCGGAUCAAGAGCAAGUCGGUGACAGCCAGGCCACCACAGCAGUGGGAAAAGGUGGCUGCCACCACCCGCCACCUGCAGCAGGAGGCUGGAGCACCAUCUGCGGGCAGAGGUAAGAGGAAACCAGUGCUGUCUCUCUUCAACCACGAGCAGCCCACGGCCCAGGAACACAGCCCGCCCAAGCCCGGCUCUGCCAGGGAGAUAUCGCCGCGGCGUUUCUCCUUCAGCUCCUCGGCCACCAGCCCGAGGACCGCCUCGCCGGGGGCCUGGCACAUCCCCCGAAGCCCCCUCAGCCCCUUGGACACCGAGACUUUCAACUGGCCUGAUGUCCGAGAGCUCUGCUCCAAAUAUGCCUCCCAGGAUGAGGCGCUCCAGGCCAAGGGCAGCCGGCCGCGCAACCUGCCCGUCAACCGGAGCCUCUCGCUGCCGGAGAACAUGAUGCAGCCGCAGCCGCCUCUGUCGGGGAAGGUGGGCCGCUGCUGCAGCCUGAACGCCAGGAGGGCCCCGGCAGGCCCAGGGGUCGCCCAGCCUCAGCCUCUGGCGGGGUCACCCCCAAGCGCGCUGGACGGAGGGGAAGCCCUGUACGUCACCGCAGACCUCACACUGGAGGACAGCCGGCGGAUGGUUGUCAUGGAGAAGGGGCCCCUGUCCGGCCCCAACGCGGGACUGGAGGCAGCCGGCGGGCGGGGACCGAGCUCACCAGCAGCCCAGGCGGGGCAGGGCCCGGAGUUCCAGGAGUGUGCAGAGUAUCGGCCUAAAGAAGAGGGUCCCAGGGACCCGGCAGACCCAAGCCAGCAGGGCAGAGUGAGGAGCCUGCGGGAGAAAUUCCAGGCCUUGAACUCCACAGGUUGACACUGAGUCCUGGGGGAGGGAGCAGCCGUGCCGAGGGACGGGGAGGAACAGUGGCAUCCUCGCUCACAGCCCGGGCUCACCCUGCUCACCCGAGCCCCACCCGGGGCCCUCAGAAAGGCCGCCCCUGGGAGAGCGCCCUGGGGCACCGGGCAAGGGCCUUCACCUGCCGUGGGCGCGCCACUGACUUGCGAGCCCCUUUGCCCUCCGAGGCCGGUGUGGCCACUUCCCUUGUAUAUAGUUCUUCUCUAGUAAGAGACCAAAUAGUUAAGCUCAUCUCUUCCCAGGGAGAGCGAGCCCUGCUCAGGCCUCCAGUGUUGCCUGGCCGCUGCCAGACUGAGGGCCCACCCAGGGGACACACAGGAGGGUGGCCUGGGGAGGCUUUGCUCUUUAACUGUGCCUUUUCUUAGGAUCCGGGCAGGAACGAGGCCCAUAAUUUAUUGCCUUCUACCCUGUGGUAUGUUGGUGCGCUCGCGCGUGUGUGUGUGUGUGAGUGUGUGUUCUGUUGUUGAUUUCCCUCCUGGGAAGAAUGUUCGUGGACUCUGUUCAGGUACUUUUGUGGGUUGUCUUGCUGGCCCCGUGGUUGUCACUAAUGUACACACAUUUCGUUAUUUGCCAUUGGUGUAAUAACCACUGCUGACCAACCAACCUGUGAGUGGUCUCCUUACUGGCGUCUGGCCGGGCUGGGGAGAGGCGAUCGUGCCCAGGCCUGUCUCAGGGAAAGCGGGACGUGGGCUUGUUGCUUCCACAGGUGCUCAUUUGCAGCCAUGCUCACGAAGCCCGAGGCCCCAGGGGCUGGCGGGGGAGGCUGGGGCAGCAGGAUGUGUGGGAGGGGACUUGUUCUGCUACUUCUGUUCCCACGGGCUUCUGUCUACCCACAGCCUGGCGUCCUGUCUGGAGGUAAGGUCAGGGGGCACCGUGCCAGCCUUUAGCUCUUUUCCCCAGGUGCCAAAGUUGGACUGAAAGGGGUGGGGUGGAGGUGGAACAUUUUUCUAACAGGCAGAUAUUUCCACGUCUGAUGCCUUUUAUUCUUCUCUCCCUCGCUAGUUCCCAGGAGACAUCCUAGGGGGCAAGGAUCCUCAACUUGGAGCCUAGAACUAUCUUAAGUGGCUGGCAGUAUUGGGUGAGGGGUACAAAUGCAUUUUUUCUGGGAGGGAGCCUCAUUCUUCACCUUACUCUCAAAAGUGUCUUUGAUUCAAAAGGCGUAGGUGUGCCGCCUACUUCUGACUGGGUUUUCUGCCUUUUUUUUCCUCUUGGUGGACCAGUCUUGUUUUGCCCUGUUUCUUCUGGCUGGGGCCUGGGAGGAGUGGGGCUGCAGGGCCACGUGGUAGAGCUGUCUUGCAGGUCCUCUGACCUAGGAGGACGGACUCAGCCCGAAGAUGGGUCUGCUGCGUCUAAUGAGGUCAAGGGAAUAUCCGAGGCAAGUGGAGGCCUUUCCUGAGCGGAAGCAGGGCAGGGCUGGCCCACGUUCUGCCAGCUGGUCAGAAUGGUCCGUGGGCACUUGCACAGGCGCUGAGAGAGCUGGCUCCUACCAGACAAGUCUCUGAUUGUGAUGAGUAGCCACACACUAGAGCGAGAGUCAGGCGAUCCAGCCCUGCAUUUAACUAGCUGAGUCACCUAAACUCAUGCUUUUUCCUCCUCUGUCAGUCAAUUGAAGAAGAUGGAUGUGUUGUUGCUUCUCAAACUCUCUGACUCAGACUGUUCAGGAGGUGAGGCCUGGGGUGUAGUAGUCAACACCUUCCCCAGGUGAUCCUUACGCAGCCCUCUAGGUUAUACCUGGGAACCCUGGACCACCAGCUCAGUGGUUCUUACUGGCUGCCCACUGGAAUCAUCAGGGGAGGGAAAUUUUUGAAAAAUGCUGAUGUCUAGGUUUCACCCACCCAGACCAAUUGAAACUGCACCUCCAGAGAUGACCCCCAGGUGUGUGGAUUCUGAUUUUCAGAUCUCUGUCCCGAGCUCCAUGGGGAAAGGCCUGCAGCAGGCCCUCAGGACGGUUGACUGCAUGAAUAAGCGAGCUUUUCUCAGGGUCUCAAGUGAAGCACAGAACCUAGGUGCCAGCAGAGUUGUUCCCAUAAGAAAGACUCCAAGGACAAGCCAGAGUCUGGCUGUGCCUCUUGUCUCCGUGGUGGUCCUGUGUUCACAGAUUCCGCCUUGCUCAAUCAACCAGCCCCCUUUGGUCCAGUUCAAAGGGAAAUAUAGGCGAGUCAGAUAAGAAACGGAAAUAUGGAGCGUUAUUGAUUUAUUAGAAAAACUAGUAAAUGGGUUUUCUCUGGUUGGUGGAAGCACAUUUGAGCAGGUGGAGGACAAGGCCCAGCCGGCCCCAGGGCCAGCCCCAGAUUGCGUGGUCGGUGCCCAACAGGGUUGCAGUCCUCUGCAGCCACCUCCUCCCUUGCAUCCUCCCUGAGCUUACUUGUCCAAGGGACCGAGCCACGGGGUCCUCUGGAUCUCUGCCCCCUCCUACUGAAGGGAGGAGGGCGAUCCAGGGCCAGCCUUGGGGACUCUCUUUGCUCUCCGAUAGGCAGGAAGAAGGAGUGGGGUGGCGGGGAAGGCGAGCACCCCGCUCCCGGACCUCCUGUUAUGGGUGCUUGUGGUGGGGAGGAAGCUCGAGGACCCUCCUUACCUCCCUCAGCCACAGUCAGUUGAGGCCAGGGGACAAAGGGGAAGGAGAGAGGGAAGGAGGACCACCUGACCAUGCCCAGAAGGAGCUUCCUCUAAACUGCCCUGGGGAGGAAUCCUGGUUUGCUGGUGUGGACUGGAGCUGUUUGGGGAUACUGUUAAAGAAAAGAACUACAAAAUAGAAAAUGUAAGGAGGGAAAAAAGAAACCUUGCCAGGGCACCAGGAGCUUAGCCCCCCAGGUGGCACAGAGUCCCAAAGCUGGGCCCCUGCAGUUUCAGUCCAGUGAGUUGAAUGUCUUGGGGCCUGUGUGAUGUGGGGGGGAGGGAUGCGUGGGGAGCUGGCAGUAGAUGGUGGGUCACAUGCAGCCGGCUGCUGCCCUUGCCCCGUCUGGGGGCCCAGGGGUGGUGAAAUCCUAGCUUUUCCUUGAGGCCCUUUCAUUCUUGGGACUGUGGAGUUGCUUGCUGAAAUUCUUCACUUCAGGUGCUGCUUUGGCACACGUGGAGGGGAGAGGGUGGCCCCUAGUCUCUUGGCUCCCUGAAGACUGGCCCAUGGGAACAGUUGAGCGAGGCUCUUGCCGCUAUCUGCCCUGGAGCAGGACAUGCCCUCAGAUGCACCAGAGGCCUUCUUUAUUGCCAGGUGAGUGUCAUCACCUCACUGCCUCCUGCCUUGGUUUCCCUAGGUAUAGAAAGAGGCUGGUGGGUCGUAUGGAUUAGGUUCCCUGUGGAUGCACAGAGGGCCGUAGGGUUAGGUGCAUAGAGGCCAGAUGAAGACCCUGGCUCCAGAGGUGGGACCACCUGUCAGGCUCCAGCAGAGAACCUCCCUCCUGUGGUUCUUGUCUGCUGAAAUUGCCUUCCCUUAAUAUGGUGCUAUUGAUCUCGAGCACUAAGGGCUCCUGGGAAGGCCUAGUAACUCCGGAUGCCUAUGCCUGUGGUUUCUGCCUGAGCUUCACCCGCUUCCGGGGGAUCAUCUCAUUGUGUCUAAGGCUCCUUCCCAUGGGGAAGGUGAUGGAAAUAGCAACUGUUGGCCCCAGGGACCUUUCUGGUCUACCCAGGGGAAAUGCCUGCUGCCUGCAACUUAACCCCUCUUUUGGACCUAACCCCAGUUAAGAUACUGGGCUGGAGCCGUAUUGCUUUCAGAGAGUGGCGGAGAAAAAGCCCUGUGGAACUAGUGGUCUCUUCCAUCUGGAAGUCUGAUCUCAGCAGCACAGGGAAAGCUAUCCCUGGGGAUAGAGGUUGCAGGGCCCCUUUUGGCUGUGCUUGGGAUUGUGGGGUAGAUACCCAUGUGGCCCCGACUCAAGGCCAGGACCUUCCGGAGGAGCUAAGCAAGGGUGCCCGCCACACCUUAAUGGCUUUGGCCCCAGCAUUUGUCCCAGCCGUCUGGGGUAGUUACGUGGGUCGUAAUAAAUACCCAGGUGUGGCCACAUUUGCCACCCCAGGGUGACGGGUCAUGAAAUUUGCUGUCAGUCCAGCCAGCACCCUCAGGUGGUGCCGGCUGCAGACAGAACACAUGGGGUAUUUGGCUUUGGGAUGCUCUACUCCAGGCAUUGCGGUGUCCCUCUUGUACCUGGGGACCUGCGCUGUCUCCCUUAAGGGCCCUGGGUCUGAGUGGAAUGUUGCUGGUUUGGCAGCUACUGGGAGUGCGGGAGGACCCGAGUGGAGAGGCAGCGCCUUGGGCAGUGUGGAGACCUGUCUCCCUCCUUCUGGGCUGAGCCCUAAACUCUAACUGUAGUU